AGACUCUGUAUGUGUGUGUGUGUGCGUGUGUGUAUGUAUGUGUGUGCGUGUGUGUGAGUGUGUAUGUGUGACACUGUGUGUAUGUGUGUAUGAGAAAGGGAGCGAAAGAGGGAGAGAGAUAGAAAGAGAGAGAGAGAGAGAGGGGGACUGUAUAAGGGAAAGAAAACAAUUUCUCCUGCUCUGCAGCUUCUGUUCAGGAUUGAUGUGACUCUAGAAACAAAUGGAUGAAUGAUAUCUACAUGAAGAGAAAAACAAUAAAGAAAAUCAGUACCUUUGAGAACAGAAUGUUAAUGCUUGAUGGGAUGCCGGCAGUCAGAGUCAAAACAGAGCUGUUGGAAUCUGAACAAGGGCUAAGGAUAUGAUUCAUUCACUUUUCCACAAUGAGCCUCGUAAAGUCUCCAAACGUCCACAACUACCCGGAUAUGGAAGCUGUUCCCCUCUUGUUAAAUAACAUGAAAACGGAACCCCCAGAGGACUCAUUAUCCACAGAUCACUUCCAAACACAAACUGAGCCAGUGGACUUGUCAAUAAACAAAGCCAGGACAUCCCCUACAGCAGUUUCAUCCUCCCCAGUUUCCAUGACAGCCUCUGCCUCCUCUCCUUCCUCUACUUCAACUUCUUCAUCUUCGUCUUCUAGUCGCCCAGCCUCAUCCCCAACUGUUAUCACGUCAGUAUCUUCAGCAUCAUCUGCGCCAACAGUAUUAACUCCAGGGCCUCUUGUGGCCUCUGCAUCUGGUGUAGGAGGCCAGCAGUUUUUGCACAUUAUCCAUCCAGUACCACCUUCAAGCCCCAUGAAUUUACAGUCCAACAAACUGAGUCAUGUUCAUCGCAUCCCGGUGGUGGUGCAGUCGGUGCCUGUUGUCUAUACAGCUGUGCGGUCUCCUGGAAAUAUGAACAACACUAUAGUAGUGCCGUUGCUGGAGGAUGGGAGAAGCCAUGUCAAAGCACAAAUGGACCCCCGAGGCCUAUCUCCCAGACAAAUUAAAAGUGACAGUGAUGAUGAUGACCUGCCAAAUGUGACCUUAGAUAGCGUUAAUGAAACUGGAUCUACAGCCCUUUCCAUAGCCAGAGCAGUACAAGAUUCCAUUUCACCCUUCAGUAUUGAGAGCACAAGACGCCAGAGACGGUCUGAAUCUCCAGACUCCAGGAAAAGGCGUAUCCACAGAUGUGACUUUGAAGGAUGCAACAAAGUGUAUACAAAGAGUUCUCACUUGAAGGCCCAUCGGAGGACGCACACAGGAGAAAAACCCUACAAAUGCACCUGGGAAGGCUGUACCUGGAAGUUCGCUCGCUCGGAUGAACUGACGAGGCAUUACCGCAAACACACGGGAGUGAAGCCAUUCAAGUGCGCGGACUGUGAUCGGAGCUUUUCGCGGUCAGAUCACUUGGCGCUGCACCGUCGGCGGCACAUGCUGGUUUGAGGCAUGCGGCCUGUCCCCGGCGCAGAGCGUAAGAGCUGGCUCUCUUAGCCACACCCCCUUCAGCAGGGCUGAAUCCCCGUCACAGUGUUAACCCCCAGGGCGUCGCCAUCCCACGAUGUCUGAAACCCGAGCAGGAAAGCGACAUGGGACUUUUCUCCUCUCUCUGAAGGUAACCCCACCACGCUGCCCGAGCGGCGUUCUCAUGCUGGCCCAGGAGAUGAGAGACUCAGAUGCGUGAAGAGACAGGCAUUGUUUUUCCAUGCUGUGUCCUCUACUGUUUAAAAGAUGUUUGUAGCUUAAACAUUUUCUCAGCUGUCAGACAUUUUCUUAUUGAUAUUUUAAAAAUCAGUUACCGCAAAUUGAUGGCAAAGAGCAAGACCUUUUUAACUUGGAUUAUUAUCCCCAAUCCUCCCCGCCCCCUUUUUUUGGAUCACCAUCUAAGUAAUGUAGAAAAACAUGCCCAAUUUAUGUUCCCGGCAAGCUGCAUGAAAAUAGAUGAGAAGAAUCUAUUGGAGAGGUUCCAUACCUGAGAAUCGAGGGGCACUCCAGCAGACUUUUGCAGUAGUGAUGGUGGCGCUUAGAGAUCACACACAACUUGUCAUUAUGCCAGGCCCUUAAGGAAACGACGUGUAAUCUCAUUUGUUCGUUGUUGUUCAUUCUUUGUUUCAUUUUGAUUCUGUUUUGUCCAUCUGCUAAAACAAAAAAGAGGGGACAAACCGUGUUUCAUGUGAGAUCCAGUCCAAGUGUCUGCUCUGACACGGACCAGUAUAGAAACGAUUUGGGGUUGUAUAGGAAGAGCCUUUCUUUAAAAAAAAAAAAUGUCUGCCCCGAUUCAAAGUGAAGUUUUCCGUCACCCAGGUAUCAUCUCUUCCAGCCCCUAGUAUUUUAUUACAAGGAAUCAGGAAAAGAAACUUUCUUAGACACACUGGCACCAAGGUAAAAGGUGUGGCUGUCCGAGCAAAGUCAGUGAACAUGAAAAAUCAGACAAAGCGGGCAAGAAAAUAAUGCGCCUCUUGAGGAGAAAAGCAAUAAUGAAUAAAAGGACUUUCCUACAAUAACUCCACUGAGGUCUCACAUUACCAAUUUUCAUACUUACUAAAAGAAUUGUUUAAAAAUACACACACACUGGCACACAGACACAGACACAGACACAGCUUUUUCGAUGUCUUUUAUAAUGUUGAGGUAAUCUUUGUGUCAUUUGCUGUCCUGCUCAGUUGAGUAACUCAGUUCAAGAUUGUGCUCUCCUUUUCAUGUUUUAGAAUUCAUUUGGUGGCUAGAAAGCCAAGGCAGGUACAGAGGGGAAGGAAUCUCUACCUUCCCAGGUCAGCUCUCCUUGGAAUAAAUGAGUGGAAAGAGGAUGCUCCCAGAGGAAAAACUGAAAUGGUGCUAGUUUCUACUCUUGGAAAGCAGAAGAAGAAGAGCCUGUUAGCUCUUCUCUACAGGUUUUUGUUUUUUAAACUAUAUUUGGUUUAAAUGCCUCACUGGCUUUUACAGGUAUGCUCCAUCCAGACUUUCGGCAUCAAGGAUUAGAAAAAAAUGAUUACUUUUCCCUCCCCUCCCCAAAAAAGUAUGAACUUAUCUGUAAUGAAUCAAGUCUAUGAUAAAUAAAGCAAUAUGUUGCCAACAAA